UCCACAACAUCCGCUAACACCUGACCUCGUCAUGGAAUGAGAGGUGAAUGAUACGUCCGUCGCCCGUUUUGGAAUCUUACUCGAGUGCUCGCCCGCGUCUGUGCUUGCAUGGCGAACCCGAUGCCCUCGCCGAUAGAAGGUCUCCCUGUGGAGAUCCUGGACAUGAUCACCACAAACCUCGACUUGCCAGCCUACCAAGCACUGCGACUCACCUCUCGACAUGUAAAUCUGCUCAGCCUGUCGAAUUUUGCCAAGACGUAUUUUUCCGAGCUGACGACUACGCUUUCCUCGCCAUCCCUCGACCGUCUUUUGAGCAUCUGUCGUAGUAACUACUGGUCCAGUGCUGUCACGCUUCUGGAUAUCAAGCUCUUCAACCAUGAAGACUAUCAAGCUCUCACCGACAUCAGCCGCAUUGGAAUGUGGCCACCACCAAAGCGUUUCACCCAUGUGCCAGUCACCAAACCGGAGAAUAUCAGCGGGGAGUCUACACUGUACAACGAUGUUCUUGGUUCCAACUACCCAGAUUGCAUUGUUGAUCGCCUAGUCCGUUCUCUCCAGGGCUUCAGUAAUCUCAAGGCUGUUCGUUUCCGCACAAAUUCCUGUGAGCCAUUUGACUGGAGCAUCACUACCAUGCCUCGAAGCGACGAGGUCUUCCGAAGUAGAUGCUUCCACGCCGUUCUCGACGCCAUCACCAAAAGCAAUAUCAACUUGCAAGAAUUCACCAUGGCCAGAAUGAGAAAAUCUACAAUGUCCAGGUAUGCUGAUAUCCCACAUUCAGCCCUACUAUUCUCUACCUCUCGUCUUGCGGAACUUCAGUCACGAUCUUCCAACCUGAAGUCUCUCACCUGCUCCAUCAUUGCAGGCUGUGACAGAGAUACCCGCAGCCCUGGGUGGGAGAACGGAUUGAGCAAAUUCAUCGCCAUAGCUCCAAAUCUUCAACGCCUCGCUCUCAGUUUGGACCGCAGCUUUCACAUUUCUCGAUACUCGGCGUCCGUAUUACGUUCUCUCGCCCUCUCCUGCCGACUUUCACAACUCGAGGACCUCCAUCUUUGCAACUGCUUGAUCCACGAGGAAGACCUGACAGUAUUCGUCAGAGCGCACGCACCAUCUCUACGUCAGCUCACCCUUGCAAAUAUUCACCUACUGACGGGGAGCUGGAUAUCAUUCUGGAUCAUGUUGAAAGAGGUCGAAGGAUUGCAGCGCUUUCGGAUUGCUGAUUUGCAUGGGACAAGGGGCACUAUUUCUUUCCGACGACAUGGCAGGGUGCAUGAGAAAACUCGUCUGGAUGUAAAGAAAACUGGACGCCGCAUGGUAGAUAUGUUGGAUCAUUUGAUCGCUGGCUUUACGGCGAUAAUGGAAGCCGAGCCUGUCGAGUCUUAUGCGGACUGAGAUGGAGUAAAUAGGUUGGAAACACUCGUCUUUCUUAUCUUCUAUUUUCCGGCAAUCUGGUAGCAAAGGCAUUUGAGAAUGGUCUGGCUAGAAGGUG